UGGAUUAUCUGUAAAAUACCAUUGGUUUUAUCAAUCCAAAAAGAAAAAAAUGUGUUUACUCUUUACAACAUAAUCUAUUAUAUACUCCUCAAAUUGGGUCAUCUUUCAUUACAGGAAAAAAAUUAAAAUCACAGUACUUUCUUGAUCUACGCUAAUCGACAAAUCAAUUUCUCCAAGAAGAAAAAAAGAUGUGGUUAUUUGGAUUAAAAGGGGCAUCUGGUUUUUCUGCUUCUUCCACUGCUGAACAAGUUACUCAAGGAAUUGAUGCUACUGGACUCACUGCCAUUGUUACAGGAGCAUCUAGUGGUAUUGGUGCAGAAACAACACGUGUCCUUGCCAUGCGAGGUGUACAUGUCGUAAUGGCAGUUCGCAAUGUACAAAGUGGCGCAGAAGUUAAAGAAAGUAUUCUUAAAGGGAUCCCUCAGGCCAAAAUUGAUGUAAUGGAGUUGGAUCUUGGUUCUAUGGCAUCCGUUAGGAAGUUUGCAUCAGAAUAUAUCUAUACUGGCUAUCCUCUGAACAUCCUAAUCAACAAUGCAGGGGUUAUGGCUCCACCGUUCAUGCUUUCUCAAGACAACAUUGAAUUACAGUUUGCUACUAAUCAUUUAGGUCAUUUUCUUUUGACAAAUCUUUUGCUACAGAACCUGAAAAGUACAGCUCAAGCGAGCCAUAAAGAAGGAAGGAUUGUAAAUGUUUCAUCAAUGGGACAUCGAUUUACAUAUCGUGAAGGGAUCCGCUUCGACAAAAUCAAUGACAAAGAUAGUUACACCGCAAUACUGGCUUAUGGACAGUCAAAGCUUGCUAAUAUCUUACACGCGAAUGAACUUGCCAGGCAUUUCAAGGAAGAAGGAGUGGAGAUAACUGCUAAUUCACUUCACCCGGGAUCAAUUACUACCAAUCUUCUCCGUCACCAGAGUUUGGUUGAAGGCUUAGUUAACUGGAUUGGCAAAUACUUUAUUAAAAACAUUCCACAGGGAGCAGCAACUACAUGCUAUGUAGCUUUGCAUCCUCAGGUGAAGGGAAUAACCGGUGAAUACUUUUCGGACAGCAAUAUUGCUGCACCAACUUCUCAGGGUAGAGACGCAGAAUUGGCAAAGAAACUCUGGGAUUUCAGCUUGGAUUUAACAAAACCUCAGUAAAAAACGUCAAUGUUGCCUUAUCUCAGUAUGUGAUCAUCACAGAAUACUCUUCAUAAAUUCUCUUGUUUUUCCUUUUUCUUUCAAAUAAAUUUCUUGUAAUGCACAUCUCGACUAGUUUUGGCUGGGGUACAGGGUUCAAAUAUUGCCGGUUGAAAACUUGAGUUUCCUGAUAAUGAUGACAUGUAUUCUUGGUAUAUCCCCAUUGACACUUUUGAUCAAAAGAUCAUCAUUAUACUUGUAUAUAUGUCUGCAACAUAUUGUCACUUCAA